CCAAACAAGCUGUUAGUCUCUAAUUCAAGGCUAGCUUGAUUUUGUAUCAUCAGAACGUUAAUGGCCUAUUUGCAAAUGAAUUGGCAGCCGAAUCUAUUUAGCCAUAGACGCAAAACUGGUCCUCCAUUAGGGCUUAAAAACAUCGUCAAUGCCUGUUACAUCAACUCCGUUCUUCAGUGCCUUACUUAUCCAUCUCCACUGGCUUAUUUCUGCCUCAAAUCUCAACAUUCCGAUUCAUCUUUGAUUGGGACAUCAGUUGUCCGAGCGGGUCCCACCAUAAGACCUGACGUUGUGAAGGGUUUAACAUAAGGGCAUCUUCUCCAACGACUGUAAAUUUGUGGUUGGUCACUGUGAAGAAAAGCUGCUGGUUCAUUCCAGCGUUGAUAACUCGAAGAAGGUUGGAACUUAGUGAAACUCACUUGAUGGUGAUCGGAAUCUUAUCGGCGACGUUCCUUCGGAAGGCAAUUGUACAUUAUUGGAAAAUGUUACAACUUUGAUAGCAUGAUUUGGAGACAUAGAAGGAUUUGUUCGCAGGUGCAAUACAUGCUUCUGCUCUUAGACACUUUGCUAGCAGCAGGUGAUCCUCACUUUGAGUUGGAGAUUAUUGAAGUUCCGCAAAACAUGAGCAGCUGAUGUAACUGAAGAAGAGGCUAAAUUCUUACUAACUGGUACCUGCAACACCGAGAAUGUAGCAGAGGUAACAGGGAAAGUUGAGGCAGAGGACUUUGAGAAAUUGGCUAAGGAGCUUCAAAUUCCUUCUGCUCUUGAGAUUAUGGACAAAGCACUUGAGAAAUUUGGGGAUGACAUUGCUAUUGCGUUCAGAAAAAGAAAAUGGCUAUCACUGAUGAGAACAAAUCUACCAUGAUCAAGAACUCAAAUGGUCAAGUUAAAGGUAAGGGUGAUAUGAGCACCAGAAAGUUUGGUGGAGUGGAAAGAAGAAAUAAUAGAAGGGUUUGGGGCAUGAUUAAUCAGAAUUUGGUCGGUGGUAAUGGAUAUCCUUGUGUUGUUAAUAGAGGCUUAUCUGGUGCUAAUGGAAUUGCAGGCAAGAAUCUUCCUGUUCGUGCUCAUCGACCCAUCAUCAGGGGUUUUGCUGCACAAGUUGCUAACUCCCAGCAACGUUGCUCAGAGUGUAUGGGAGGAUAUCCCUCCACAGAUGUUGAGGAAAAUGAAGCAGCUAAAGAUCAGCCUGUCCCUAUGUCUUUGGGAAAAACUGAAACUGCGUCAGAUGUUUCUUUUCCCCUUUCUCCGCACACAAAUUGGCUUUUGCAAAAAUGUUGACACAGUGGCAUAACAUUUAUCGUUGUUGAAAGACAUGUUUUCAUGAACGUGUUAUCACUGUUCUCUGGGAUUGGCGGUUGCUGAAGUCGCUGUUCACCGUCUCGGGAUUCAACUGAAUAAUGCGGCCUCUGU